AUGGCAGCCUCGAUUCAGCACCAGGCGCUAGUUUACACAAUAAACGAUGCUGUAGAACUAUGGGACGAGGGUGAAGAUGCGUUGCCUUUUUUGUAUCAUGACUUUGAGGACGAGGAACAAGAAGAAGGGGAAGCGGGGCACGAAGCGUCAAUGUACACACGUUUUCUUCGCUCCUCGGUGGUAGAGGAUGCGACAGACCUCAAGGUUGAUACAGAACCUGGUGAUAUUUACAACAAACCCUAUGAGACCACUGUGGGCGAGGGCGGAGGCGUAAAACGAAGAAGCGGGGUAUCUUUUCAUCGUCACUUACCACCUUUGAGUGAGUCGGGGCGUUUUUGGCAGUUGGUGGUGGCUGCUUUAUGCUGUGUGGUGAUCUCCUCGUCUUACACGUAUAACCUUUACAAUGGGCGGAUACAGUCCAAAUGCAACUUUACACAGAGCCAAAUGACAACGAUGGCAACAAUUGGCGACGUGGUGGGGAUUCUCAUCUUUCCUUUGGGUGCCCUUUACGACCACUAUGGGACGCAACCUAUUUUUAUUACCGCCUUGACGUUAUUUCCAUUAAGUGGUGUUUUAUAUGGUUUAACCUUCGCAAACGUUCUUGACGGCUCAAUGGCGGCAUUCUGCAUCUACGGUUGUAUGCAGGGGCUGGGGACCUCGUUGCUGGACGUGGGUGCCGUGAUGACGUUGCUUUCUAUAUUUCCUGCCAACAAAGGGGCAGUUGUGGCGGUCAUGAAGACAUUUUCUGGGAUGGGGUCUGCGAUUAUUGGCGCUAUCCACUUGGCCUUCUUCUCAGCUGAAAACGACAUCAACACAAGCCGCUUUUUUUACUUUAUUGCGGUCCUGGGUAUGGUGGGUGCUUUUCUUGGCUUCCUCUUUAUCGAGGUGCCGCCGUACAUGAUCCGAGGGUGCGAGCAGCAUGUUCUUACAGAGGCUCAGCGUCAGGAGCGAUAUCGUAUCCGAAGGCAGUUUUUAAGGCAGAAGGCUCCUACAGCUCGGUUUGUCAUUGGAUUUACGGUUGUGAUUUUCUUGACGUUUUUCCUCCCCAUUCAAGGCGCUCUCUCGGCCUAUAUGGAGCUGACGAGGGUUCAUCAUGUUGUCUUUGCUUGCAUUUCCUUCGGCGUUUUGUUGUUUUACCCGAUUAUGGCACUGCCGUGGAAGGCGCUUGACCGAAAGUUGCCGUUGCCGCAUACAGAUGGCUUUUCAGGGAGAUCCAGUCGCGUGGACCGGUUCAGUCGUUUCAGCGUGGUGUCAAGGGACACGAUGGAUAGCAUAGCAGUGGUGCGGGAGAUGGACUACAUUGCGCCACAGUAUCGAACAAAGUUGAUGCAAGAUAUAAAGACAUUGCGGUUUUGGGCGCUGCUUUGGAUGCUGUUUGCAACUUCGGGAACCCAAACCGUGGUGGUAGGAAAUAUGCGGUUUCUCUUCGGGGCUUUGGCAGGAAAGCCGCUGGACGAAUCCUUUGUGGCGUUGCUGGUUGUGCUCACAGGCGUUGGUAGCGGGCUGGGACGUAUUUUUCUGAGCGGGCUGGAGAUGAUGACGCAAAAUCAACCCGUGGAGAAACGCAUUCCCGUCACCUUCACUUUAUUUGUCCCCUCCGUUCUGGUGGUGGUGGCAUUGCUGCUGCUGCUUCUGCUGCCAAUACAUGCACUUCCCCUGCCGUGUUUUAUCUUUGCUUUCGUCAGUGGAGCCACCGCCGCCGCUGUUGUGAUUGUCCUGCGCACCAUUUUUGCAGAGGAUGUUGCCAAACACUACAACUUCUGCUCCGUCGCCGGGAUCGCCUCGUCGCUGUUGAUGAACCGUGUGCUGUACGGCGAGUGGUACACGCGGCAGGCGGAAAAGCAGGGCAGCACCUUGUGCUAUGGUAGGCACUGUGUUCUUGUACCUAUCUUAGUUUGCUUGGGGGCAUCUCUCUCCAGUGUACUCUCUGUUCUCUACAUUCACCGGGACUACAGCAAUUUUUGCCGCAAAAUGCUCGAGUUGCGGGCGCAGAAGCUUGCUGGCCGAAUUUCCCGUGCCGCAAACUAUUCUGCUGGGAAUGGGAUGAGUAACAUCCAUGGUGAUGGCGACGCGGCGUUAGACGAAGCACAGAAGGUGGCGGAAUCCACAGCGAGGAGUUGA